UUUUCUCGUAUAUCACAAAUAGAAAACUUCGAGUGAUAGAGAGAGAGAUCAAUAGAACUAAUCUCUAUGAACCGAUCGGGAAGCCCUCCGGUGAACCAUCCAGUAAACCCUCCUCAAUCUCAGGGUUCUCUCUUUUCUCCUGAGACGCAUUAGCCAAAGCUUUAGCAUUCUCCUUGGAGCCACUCGUAGGCUUUUGAGAAUCAUUAUCAUCGUCAUCUUCUAUCUCGAUAGGGUUUUGGGCGAGGGAUUUAGGGGGAACAGUCUUGGAGUUGUUGUUCUCAACGUUAAUCCGAUAUUCGAAUACAUCGCUUUUAUAAUAGUAAGAAAGAUAUUUUUGUUCUUUCAUUGGUCUCUAUGGAAGCUUUGAUCGAGCUCUGCGAUCUAAUUGCGCAGAAUCCAAUUCAGUUAUCUGAGAAGCUGUCUUGGAUUUGUAGCCAAUGCCCUUCGCCUGAAGAUCUUGUCGCUGGAUCUGCUAGUGUUUCGCGUCCUCAAAUCAAUGCCCUGCUUGCCGUGGCUCGGUUACUCUCCAAAUGCCCAGAUUCCGCCAAUCUCCGUCCUAAAACACUGGUCUUGGAGUUUUUUCAUUCUAUUCUGGCUUCAUUCAGUCCAUCAUUUUGGCCGCAAGCAUUCGGCACUGAUGCGAUGGCGUCCUUCUUUGCAGAGUUUUUGAGAUAUGUAUGCAAAGCCGCUGAAUUGUCACCGGAUUUCACAGCUGAGAUAGUGGAGUUCACAGGCGAGGUUGUGGUGUCGGCCAUCAGUAUUGGAGGAGGAGAAAAUUUGGGUAUUUCUAGGGCUUUUCUUAUGGCCUUGUCUGAGAGCUUCCCUCCAAUUUCGGAUUCCGACGCUGAAAAAUUGAUUAAUCUUCUCCUUGAUCAGCUACCCGCGCCUGGUCAUCAGGUUCGGUCUCCGGUUACUCCGUGGGAACAAAUUCAAGCCAACUCGGAGAUUUGUUCGUCACAAAGCUCACCAAAUGAAACGAACCAAAUUUCGUGUUCGUCUACUACUAGUGCCUCUUCCUUUGAGGAAAAGGAAGAGACUGUGGAGAGUUUGGAGAAGCAAGAGAUUGCUUUCAAAUUGAUUACUCACAUUUUAGAUAAAGUCUGUAGUACUGACGACAAAAGGGUAUCGAAGCAUAUUAGGCUAGUAGUAAAGAAGCAUCUCCAGUUGAUGAUAGUAUUUUUGAAGAUAAGGAAGCGUGAUUGGACUGAGCAUGGCUCACUUCUAAAGGCAAAGCUGUUAGUUUAUAAAGCUGCUGUUACGUUGGCUAUAAAGGUUCUUGCUUGCUUUGAUUCUGAUGAGAAGUUGACACAUCAGACUCUAACAUUGUUUACGAAUGCUGCUGAAGCAUGUUUAUUUUCAGUAUGGCGUAAGUUGAGAAUGUGUGAAGAACUCUUUUGUUCCUUGCUUGAUGGGCUUUCACAAAUUGCAAUAACAACUCGAGGGGGCCAAUCAUUUUGUUAUUUGUUCUCCUGGCUCAAGCAUGUUGUAAUAGAUCUAUGUCCUCAGGGAGCAAUGUUUGAGAGCGUCAUGAAGACGAGCUGUGAAAUAAUUGAAUGUUGCUGGAGGAGCAAUGAGCCACAUUUUGUCGAUACAUUCAUCUUUGGUUUGGUUAAAAGUAUUCGUGAACGAAAUGAUGAACAGGUUGAGAGAAACGAACCUGCAGUACCAAUUGUGCAGAUUAAUGUUAUUCUUCUGCUAGCAGAUUUAAGUGUUGCUGUUAACAAGUCUGAAGUAGUGGACAAGAUUUUACCUUCCUUUAUUGAUAGACUGGAAGAGGGUGAUGAUUCGGCUCCUAGUUUAUUGCGACCCCGACUUCUUGAUGCUGUAUCACGCAUGGCAAGUUUAGGUUUUGAAAAGUCCUAUCGGGAAACGGUUAUUUUGAUGACAAGAAGUUUCUUACAUAAACUUUUGAGUGUAGGAUCUGCUGAAAGUAGAACAUUGGUGCCUGAAGCUACAACAGAGCUGGUUGAGACGCUUCCUGCAGGGUUCCUUCUCAUUGCUAGUGGUCUAAAAAAUAUAACGUUGCGUUCAGAUUAUCGUCACCGUUUGCUAUCUUUGUGCUCUGAUGUAGGCUUUGCCGCAUCAAAAAGUGGAAGAAAUGGAGCAGAUUUCCUCGGGCCUCUACUUCCUGCUGUUGCUGAAAUAUGUUCUGAUUUUGAUCCGACCAUAGACGUGGAACCUUCACUUUUGAAGUUAUUUCGUAACCUGUGGUUCUAUGUUACUUUGUUUGGUUUAGCACCUCCCAUACAAAAAACACAACCACCAACAACGAAGUCAACAUCCACUUCAUUGAACAGUGUGGGUACGGGGACAAUUGCUCUUCAAGCUGUUGGGGGUCCAUACAUGUGGAAUACACAAUGGUCUUCUGCUGUCCAGCGAAUUGCUCAAGGGACACCUCCACUUGUUGUUGGCUCCGUGAAAUGGCUAGAGGAUGAGUUUGAGCUCAAUGCUCUUCACAACCAUGGGAUCUGUGAAGGAAGUGGCAAUGGGAAAGCUGCUCUCUCUGCUGCUCUUGGAGGGCGCAUCGAUGUUGGAUCAAUGAGCACAAUUACAGGAGUAAAGGCAACCUAUAUUCUUGCAGUAGCAUUUUUGGAGAUAACUCGCUUUGGUAGUAAUGGUGGCAUCCUCAACAGAGAUACCAAACCUAGAAGUGCGUUUAGUUGUGUAUUUGAGUACUUAAAAACACCAAAUCUUAUGCCAGUUGUUAUUCAAUGCUUAAUGGCAAUUGUCCAUCGAGCUUUUGAAACAGCAGUAUUAUGGCUGGAGGAUAGGAUAUCAGAAACCGGAAAGGAAGCUGAGGUUAGAGAAUCAACUCUUUCUGUACAUGCCUGUUUUCUUAUCAAAAGUAUGUCCCAGAGGGAGGAACGUAUCCGUGAAGUUGCUGUGAGCUUGUUAAAGCAAAUUAGAGAUAGAUUUCCACAGAUUUUAUGGAACUCUUCAUGUUUCGAUUUCCUGCUGUUCUCGAUUGAUAAUGAUUCUCCUUCUGCUGUUGUCAAUGAUCCUACUCGGGUGGUGACUAUUCGUUCUUUGUACCAAAAAGUUGUUCGAGAAUGGAUCAUUGAAUCAUUUUCCUAUGCUCCUUGCACCAGCCAAGGUCUUCUACAGGACAAGCUUUGUAAAGAAUACACACGGAAAAGAGCACAACAUACAACUGAUACUGAUGCGGUUUCUCUUCUAACUGAGAUACAUAUUGGUACAGCAAAAAGUGAGUGCUGGACCGCCACACGGACAGCAAAUAUCCCAGCUGUCAUGGCUGCUGCUGCAGCAGCAUCAGGAGCAAAUUUGAAAUUGACAGAAGACUUUAAUUUGAAGGUGCUCAGUACUGGGAUAGUGAGCGCAACAGUGAAAUGCUACCAUGUUGGAGGAAUUGCUGGAGAAAUUGCUGGAAUGAGAAGGUGGGCAAGUUGCCGAUCACAGGCUGAGGAUGGGAUGUUGUCGAUCAAGUUUGUCUGUUUACUUCGAAAUUUUGUUAAUAUUGCAAAAAAUGGUGGGCAAGUUGACAAGUCACAAUUUCGUGAAACUUGUUCCCAGGCAACUGCAUUACUUUUAUCAAAUCUGAGUUCUGAUUCAAAACAAAAUGUAGACUGCUGUUCACAACUUCUUCGUCUACUCUGUUGGUGUCCAGCUUACAUCUGUACACAAGAUGCAAUGGAAACUGGUGUUUUCAUUUGGACCUGGUUAGUUUCUGCUGCACCUGAAUUCGGUUCCCUUGUCCUUGCUGAACUUGUCGAUGCAUGGUUGUGGACAAGUGAUACAAAACAAGGUCUUUUUGCGUCUGAUGUGAAGUAUUCUGGGCCAGCUGCAAAAUUAAGUCCUCACCUUGCUCCCGCGGAGCCAGAAGGGCCACCUGAAGUUGAUCCUGUUGAACAAAUAAUGGCUCAAAGAUUGUGGCUUGGUUUUUUCAUCGAUCGCUUUGAGGUAGUUCGACAUCAUAGUAUUGAGCAACUUUUGCUUAUUGGUCGAAUGUUACAAGUGUCAACAAAGCUCCCGUGGAACUUUUCACGUCAUCCUGCUGCCACUGGUACCUUUUUCACUCUAAUGCUUCUUGGCCUGAAGUUCUGCUCAUGCCAAUCCCAGGGAAAUCUUCUAAAUUUUAAAACAGAGCUUCAGUUGCUGGAAGAUUGGAUCUACAGGGUCUCGUUGGGCUGGUUUGCGUUUGGGCCUGAGUGGUAUGAUGCCAACAAUUCGAGUUUUGCCCAGAGUGAAGCUCAAUCUGUAUCUUUAUUUGUGCACUACCUUUCAAAUGAGCGAGUAGAUGCAAGUCAAUCUGAUUCCAAGGGACGAGCACGCGAAAAUGGGAGCAGUGUGGUUGAUGUGGACAAUCAACAUCACCCUGUUUGGGGCCCGAUGGAGGACUAUGCUGUGGGAAGAGAAAAGCUGAAGCUUCUACUUUUGAUGCUAUGUCAGCAUGAGGCUGAUAGGCUUGAAGUUUGGGCUGAACCCUCUCAUGCAAAGAAAAAUACUCCCUCUCGGUCUAAAAUUAGCUCAGAUAAAUGGAUUGAAUAUGCAAGGACUGCCUUCUCUGUGGAUCCUCGUAUAGCUAUAUCCUUAGCAUCAAGGUUCCCAACAAACACAUUCUUGAAGGCUGAAGUAACUCAUUUAGUUCAGUUGCAUAUAUUGGAUAUCCGAAGCAUUCCUGAAGCAUUGCCUUAUUUUGUUACCCCAAAGGCAAUAGAUGAAAACUCUGUGCUUUUACAACAAUUACCACACUGGGCAGCUUGUUCUAUUACACAAGCUCUUAAAUUCCUUACUCCGGCAUUUAAAGGGCAUCCGCGUGUUAUGGCAUAUGUUCUUAGGGUCUUAGAGUCAUAUCCUCCUGAGCAAGUAACAUUCUUCAUGCCACAGCUAGUACAGUCAUUGCGAUAUGAUGAAGGGAGGUUAGUAGAAGAAUAUUUGCUGAGGGCAGCUCAAAGAAGUGAUACAUUUGCCCAUACUUUAAUCUGGCAUUUACAGAGUGAAGAAUUAGGACCAGAAUCAGGGAAAGAAGCUGGCUCUGGGAAGAAUACUCCCUUCCAAGCUCUGCUGCCACUUGUUAGGGAACGUAUUAUUGAUGGUUUAUCCCCAAAGGCACGUGACUUAUUUAAAAGAGAAUUUGAUUUCUUUGACAAGAUUACAUCUAUUUCAGGUGUUCUUUUUCCACUUCCCAAAGAAGAACGAAAAGCGGGUAUUAGAAGAGAAUUGGAGAAAAUUGAAAUGCAAGGAGAUGACCUUUAUCUACCAACAGCUCCUAACAAGCUUGUUAGGGGUAUUAAGGUUGAUAGUGGAAUUCCCUUGACGUCGGCAGCAAAAGUUCCUAUUAUGAUUACAUUUAAUGUGACUGAUCGGGAUGGAGACCAUAAUGUUGUAAAACCCCAAGCUUGCAUUUUCAAGGUAGGGGAUGAUUGUCGCCAAGAUGUCCUUGCUCUUCAAGUGAUUUCACUUCUUAGAGAUAUAUUUGAAGCUGUUGGACUAAAUCUUUAUCUGUUUCCUUAUGGUGUACUUCCAACUGGCCCUGGGAGAGGCAUAAUUGAGGUGGUGCCUAAUACUCGGAGUAGAAAUGAAAUGGGUGAUAGAACCGAUGGUGGUUUGUACGAGAUUUUUCAGCAGGACUACGGUUCUGUUGAUUCUCCUAUUAAUUUCGAAACUGCACGAGAUAACUUCAUUACGAGCAGUGCUGGUUAUGCGGUUGCCAGCCUUCUACUGCAACCGAAGGAUAGACAUAAUGGAAAUCUUUUAUUUGACAACGUUGGGAGACUUGUUCAUAUUGAUUUUGGUUUUAUUUUUGAAACUUCUCCCGGUCGAAAUAUGCGAUUUGAAAGUGCUCAUUUUAAGCUUAGCCAUGAAAUGACUCAACUAUUAGAUCCUUCAGGGGACAUGAAAAGUGAAACCUGGCACCAGUUUGUAAGUUUGUGUGUGAAAGGAUACCUUGCAGCUCGGCAUCAUAUGGAUGGGAUUAUCAGCACAGUUGAGUUAAUGCUAGACAGUGGACUGCCUUGCUUUAGCAGGGGUGAUCCAAUACAUAAUCUUCGAAACAGAUUUCAUCCCGAAAUGACUGAUCGUCAAGCCGCGAAUUUCAUGAUCCGCGUCUGCACUGAUGCUUACGACAAAUGGACCACUGCUGGGUAUGAUUUGAUCCAGUAUUUGCAACAGGGUAUUGAGAAGUAGAAACUCAUUUUUGGGAUUUGUACAUACAUAUGAUGUUUUUCUUACCUACACUAUAAAUAUAAGCUUAGUUUUUCAAGGAUUUUCUAUCCUAGUAUAGUAGAAUUCCAUUUGAGGUUGUUUACUUUUGCAAAGUGAUUAUCAUCUUCUCUUUUCCAA